CAUCACAGCACAGAUCGAGCAGAGCUAGCCAUCAAACACAGAGCGAAGUGUAAGCGUAGACACACCCACAGUAGUAGCCAAAGCCAUGGCGAGCAGAGCCAGGGCGAGCGUCCUCGUCCUCUUCCUCCUGGCCGCCGGCGUCCUCUUCGCCGCGGCCUCCACCUCCAGCUCCAGGGAGGAGGAGCAGCGCUCGCUGGAGCAAUGCCAGCAGCGGUGCCAGGAAGGCCAGUCGACGCGCCACCAGCAGGCCGAGUGCCUGCAGCAGUGCAAGGACAGGCAGCAGCAGGAACAGGAGGGCCGUGGACGGCACGGCGAGGGGUCAUCAUCCGGGCGUGAGGGCCGCCGGGAGGAUGAGAAGCAGCAGCAGCAGCAGCAGCAGGAGAGCCGGCGGCCGUACGUGUUCGGGCCACGGAGCUUCCAGUCCAUCGUCCAGAACGAGCAGGGCUUCAUCAAGUCCCUGCCCCCGUUCAGCGAGGCCUCCAGGCUCCUCCGCGGCAUCAAGAACUACCGCGUCGCCGUCCUCGAGGCCAACCCGCGCUCCUUCGUCGUGCCGGGCUUCGCCGACGCCGACGGCAUCGGCUACGUCGCUCAAGGCGAGGGAGUGCUGACGUUGAUCCAGAACGGCGAGAGGCAGUCCUACACCGUCCGGGAAGGCGACGUCAUCGUGGCGCCGGCGGGGACGCUCAUGUAUCUGGCCAACACCGACGGCCGGAGGAAGCUGGUCGUUGUCAAGAUCCUCCACACCAUCUCCGUGCCCGGCGAGUUCCAGUAUUUCCGUGCCGAUUCGCUCGUGUCAAGCCUGAGCAAACCCAUCCAGAGAGCUGCCUUCAAGGCUUCGGAUGAGCAGCUGGAGAAGGUGUUCGGGAGGCAGCGGCAGCAGCAGCAACAGGAGGGAGAGGAGGAGGGGUUCAUCAUCCGCGCGUCCGAGGAGCAGCUGCGCGAGCUGCGUCGCCAGGCCUCCUCCGGGAGCAGCCACGGCUCGCACUGGCCUCUGCCGCCGUUCGGGGGCGAGUCCAGCGCCGCCACCUUCAACCUCCUCGAGCAGCGGCCCAAGAUCUCCAACCAGCACGGCCGCCUCUACGAGGCCGACGCCCGCAGCUUCCGCCCCCUCGCCGACCACGACGUCCGCGUCGCCCUCGUCAACAUCACCGCCGGCUCUAUGACCGCGCCGUUCUACAACUCCCGGUCCGUGAAGUUCGCCGUGGUGGUGCAAGGCUCCGGCGAAGUGGAGAUCGUGUGCCCGCACCAGUCGUCCUCCAGCUCCAGCAGCCAAGACGAACCGGAGCGCCGCCGCGGCCAGAGCGAGCAGGGACGCGAGAGCCGCCGAGGCCAGAGCGAGCGACAACAACAGGAAGAGCAGUCCUCCGAGGACGAGCGAGAGGAACGCCAACAAGGACGUGGGCAGCAGCAGCAACAGCAGCAGGGAAGGUACGAGAGGAUCCGCGCCCGGGUGUCCGUCGGCUCAGCGUUCGUGGUGCCCCCGGGCCACCCGGUGGUGGAGAUCGCGUCCUCCUCCCGCGGCGGCGGCGACGACAACAACAACCUCCAGAUCGCCUGCUUCGAGAUCCGCGCCGAGAAGAACGACAGGGUGUACCUCGCCGGAGCCAACAACGUGUUCAGCCAGCUCGACAGGAUCUCCAAGGACCUGGCCUUCGGCGACGCCAGGGCCGUGGACGAGAUGGUCAGGGGCAACCAGAAGAAAAAAGGCUUCCUCCCCGGGCCCGAGCAGCAGCAGCAGGAGCAGCAGGGCGAGGAGGGAGAGAGGCGCCGCGGCGGCCGCGGCGGCGACAUGGAGACGUUCCUCCGGAUGGCCACCGGAGUGCUGUGAGUGAGUGAAGCUAGCUGCCAGAGAGGGGCAGUGACGGCAGUGCGUGGCAUUGUCGUUUGUGUGGUAGCGGACGUGCGCAUGGGUGAGCUGUGAGCCAGAGCGGGUGAAAGAGUUUGGACUUGUGUGUGUAGUGAGUACUAGCGUAAAUAAGUGCUGGCUCGAUCUGUAUGACGAUGUAAGGUACCAUGGCAUGUGCCCGUUUAUAUAAAUAAAAACAAGGGCGUUUUGCGCCUCUUCUCCGGUA